UAUUUCUUCAAAAUAUUCAUAUUUGAAGAAGAGUACUCCUGUUCAACGACUUCAGUUGCUACAUGACCCAGUCAGUGGUAACCAAGCAUAUUCUGACUGACAAUACUGCACAAGCCUGCCUGCCAUGGGCUGUCGGGAUGUCCAUGCAGCCACAGUCCUCUCCUUCCUGUGUGGAAUCGCCUCGGUAGCAGGCCUCUUUGCGGGGACCCUGCUUCCCAACUGGAGGAAAUUGCGACUGAUCACAUUCAACAGAAACGAGAAGAAUCUGACUGUUUACACUGGCCUGUGGGUGAAGUGUGCCCGCUAUGAUGGGAGCAGUGACUGCCUGAUGUAUGACACUACUUGGUACUCAUCAGUUGACCAGCUGGACUUGCGAGUCCUCCAGUUUGCCCUGCCUCUCAGCAUCCUGAUUGCAAUGGGUGCCCUGCUGCUCUGCCUGAUUGGAAUGUGUAACACGGCCUUCAGGUCCUCAGUGCCCAACAUCAAACUGGCCAAAUGUCUGGUCAAUAGUGCAGGCUGCCACCUGGUGGCCGGGCUGCUGUUCUUCCUGGCAGGUACUGUGAGCCUCUCCCCAUCCAUCUGGGUCAUUUUUUAUAAUAUUCAUCUGAAUAAGAAGUUUGAGCCAGUCUUUGCAUUUGACUACGCAGUGUAUGUCACUAUGGCUAGUGCUGGGGGCCUGUUUACGACUUCCCUUCUGUUGUUUAUUUGGUACUGUGCAUGCAAAUCUUUGCCUUCUCCUUUCUGGCAACCACUGUACUCCCAUCCUCCCAGUAUGCACACUUACUCACAGCCCUAUUCAGCACGCUCUCGCCUCUCUGCCAUCGAAAUUGACAUUCCAGUCGUUUCACACGCCACCUAAUGGGGAAAUAGUUCUCAGAGAAAACUUGUAGCCUCACAUUUCCCUUGUACAAGGAGCUGUUUUGGACCUAUAUACAUUUUCCUUUGUUUCUGACCAGUCAAUGAAGCCAAAUUUGUAUGUCCUGGUAGAAUGAAGUGCUGCUAGUUUUAUGAAAAGUACAUUAUUUCAAAUGUGAAUCAUUCCUUUUAUCUUGCUUCUUAUGCUAGAAGGAUUUUUAACCUCUAUAUUGAUAUCUAAUCAGUUAUUCAAGUGGAAAGGACCUGUGUCUCAGUUGAGGUGAUCUAGAACAACAUGGUAAAGUAAAAAAACGAUGGCUGAGAGAGGCUGUUGUAUAUGAUCUUUAUGAGUAUUUCAGAAUGUAUAUUGUUCUUUUUCCAUAAUACCUUAAACUGGGAAAAAGGGCAGUUUCAAAUAUAAGAAAUUUCUUUCAGGUAAGGGUAAUGUUUUAACAAUAGUCAGUCUACCAGCUUAAGGCUGUAACUUUUCUUAUUUCUCUCUCGGGGCUAAUUUUAUUGAAUAGAGUUUGGUAUUUUGAAGAUUACUUUCUUUUGUGAGUUCCUUAUCUUCUUCUACCUCAUGGCAGUGUUUAAAAGUAAAAUGUAUUUUAAGUGAUGUCAGAGAGAAUAAGCCUAACAUUUUAAAUAUCUACUAAUAUGGAUAACAUUUACCCUAAUUUUAAAAGUAAAUGAUUCUGUAAAUUGUAUUAUUAGAAUUAAAAAGGGGCCAUGCGAUGGAUCGGUGCUUCCCCUCUGAGUCAGAAAUGCCUCCCCCUCCCCAGAUAUUAUCCACCAUGUAAUACUCAUGCUCUUGUGUAAUCUCUUAGUGACAAAGAGAAAGAAAGAAAGAGGCCCAAGUGGGUGGUUCUCUGUUAGUGGUAGGGGACAAUCAUCUGUUCUUCAGUGACCACAUCAGAGUUUCACCCUUGUGACUGCCUUUUGAAUGAUGAGUGAAGUCAGUUAUUGCUUCACCAUGACCACAUUCAGUUCCUGCCCUCGUCACUGAUUAUUUCCUUGAGAAUAUAUCUUUGCUCGACACUUUAGUGGGUGCUAUAGAGAAUACGUGAAAAGUAUGAGAUCAGGUUCCAUCCACUAAGAAAUUUUAAUAUAAUAAAGAAAAUCAAACUGUUAAAUAACAAUUAGGGAACAGUCUGACUUUAUUGGCAGCUGGUCUUAAUUUCUCAAACAUUGAUCCAGGAGUGUAUUUCAACCAGAGACAUGGCUUUCUGGCAGACAGGCCAGCAAUAUUCUGGAACUUAGAAAUUGAGUUCAUUGGAUCUUUCGGAGCACCUACCUUAGCCUAGACACUGUAAUAACACUCUGUUGGAUUCAUGAGAAUGGGCAAAACUGGUAGAGAAAUGAAAUUGUUCCCUUUUCACCUGUGAAAGUGUGAUGAGGUUUUGAAGAGGGAGGAGUAUUUAAGAUCUUUCCUCUAAUGGGGUAAUAAUUAGAUGGAACCAUGUUAACAACCAGAUAAAUGCUUAGAAAUUCAGGGAUAUUGGGUCUUUACCCUUAUGAAUUUGAGCUGCUGACUUAAUUGAGAUCGUUUGCUACACAUUAGUACUAUGUUCAUAAGGAUUUUGUUUUGUUAACCAUUACAAAUUUCACAAACAGCUAGUUGCAUGGUAAACAGUCGGUUAUUAUGCUUCUUUGCGAAUCUGGAUAUGAUUCUGUUACUUCUGUGGAUGUAAGUGGUUCUUUUUUUUUUCCUCCUAAUUACAGCACUAGUUUAUGUAUAUAGCAAAUAAAUCCAGUUGUGUAUUUUUUAAAUACCAUCAGUAUAAAGCAUGCAAAACUAUGGGUUAUUUUAGUUAUAGUUUUUGACUACCUUCAGUUCUUUUCCUUUUUACUCUUCCCAGAUGUAGCUGAAUGUUGAUCACUCCAAAACAAUGGCAGGUAGAAUUUUGAGAUUAAUAUUAAUUUCCUCCUGUGCUAAUUAGUAUCAGUCCCCUCUCUCACUAAAUUUGUCUCACCAUCUUCCUGUUCUCUGUAUAAACAAUGUUAAAGAAAAGCAGAUUCAACCAUUAACAUACUAGACAGGUUUUAGUCCAUGGGAUCAUACAUAAAAAUGUGCAGCUUUUCCUGUAAGCAGUUUUUGCAGUCUUCAUAAUCUGUAGACUCAAAUUAGUAUUUAUUAUGCAUAUACUAGGCAAAAGAAACAGCUGUUUCCCUUAUUGUCUUUAAUAUUUCAGAUUUGCUAUCGAUAGCUAUUCUUCAAAGCCAUCAAAGGAAAGCAAGUAUUACAUUUCUUUUUAGCAGUUCAGAGUACUCACCAACCUAUCAUUGUGCUGGGGGAUAUGUUUUUUGUUGUUGUUACAAGUUAUUAAUGUUAAGGGCCUUUUACAGAAUACAGCUUGGAAAACAACUUUAAAUGUGGUAUGAUGCACCAGAUUUGGUUUAUCCAGCCAUGGGAGAAAAAAAAAACAACUCUUGAGUUUAUUUUACUUGUAAUUAUACACUAUGAUAGAUAAUGUUUGUUGUAAACUGCAAUGUAAAACCUCAGUGAAACUGCACUGUAUUUCUUGAUGUUUAUUAAAAGAUGUAUUUUUACAAGUU